CUGGUACAAAGAGUCAGUUUCAAGUGAUCAUUAGCAAUGAAAAUGUCCAGAUCUUGGAGAAUGGCUCUCUCAUCAUCAAAGAGGCUUCAAAAGAGGACAGUGGAGACUACUUGUGUCAAGCAACGAAUGACGUAGGAUCUGGACUAAGUAAAGUAGUCCAUUUGGAAGUGCACGAGGGUGCACAUUUUACUGAGAAAUUCAAAGCUUUAACUGUGAACAGAGGUGAAAGUGCAAAGCUUACCUGUCGAGCCUUCGGUGAGAAACCCAUUUCUGUCAGCUGGAGUAAGGAUCGAAUUCCUUUCAACCCUUCCUCAGAACCACGGUAUACUUUCGAGGAACGUGUCUUCUUAGAAGGUACUGAAGCUACUUUUACAAUAACGUCAACUAGUCGAAAAGAUUCAGCUUUAUUUACAUGUAUAGCUCAUAACGCUUAUGGGAAGGACGACACCAACUUUCAAAUCGUUGUUCACGAACCGCCUGAUAAACCACCUUCCGUAGACGUUACGAAUAAAGGAAGCCGAUCACUAUCAGUUACAUGGUCAGUCCCGUAUAGUGGUAACAGACCAAUUACUAAAUAUGUACUAGAGUAUAAAACUUUAGAAGACCCGUGGUCCCUUGCAAAAGUGGUUACAAUAGAUUCUACAGACAGUUCCUAUACAAUUCAAAGCCUUCUCCCUCAGACUACAUAUCAUGUGAGAGUGAAAGCGGAGAAUGAUAUUGGAAGUGGAGAUUUCAGCGAUUCCGUCACAGUCGUGACUGAAGGAGAAGCUCCUAGUGGACCACCACGCGAUGUGAGGGCUAUUUCAACAAGCUCUAGACGAAUUCAAGUAACUUGGAAGCCACCUUUGGAAGAAGAGGGUUCGUCUCCAGUUACUGGUUACUAUGUUGGUUACAAAAGUCAUCCAGGAGAUCCUUUUGCGUACAAAACACUGGAAACUUCUGAUGGAAAAAUGCUGGAAUGUGAAAUGUCCGAUUUAAGUCCGAACUCUCAAUACAGAGUUAUCGUCCAAGCCUUCAACAACAAAGGAGCUGGACCUCCAUCGGACGAAGUUCAGGUCCAGACGCUAGAGUUUGAUCCUCCCAAUGCUCCUGUGCUCCGCGUAGUUGCUACCACCGCUUCUUCUAUUCACUUGACGUGGGAAAAAGAUGAAGAAAACUCAAAUCCUAUUACAGGCUAUAUUUUGUUUCAAAAGUCUGAUGCACCUGAAUGGGUAGAAGUCCAGUUAUCCGAGACUAGGAAGAGUUACGUGUUCUAUGGUCUACGUUGCGGUGUCAGGUAUCAAUUUUAUUUGGUUGCUUUCAACGUUGCAGGAAAAGGACGACCUAGUGAUGUUAUCUCUGCCAAAACAGAAGGAACAGUUCCAGUACCACCGCUGAGAGAUUCUUUGUUGACUAUCAAUUCUACGUUCAUUAUUAUCCAUCUAACAAGUUGGGAAAGUGGAGAAUGUUCCAUUCAUUUCUUUGUCAUCCAGUAUAAGCUACUGAAUGAAGCAGAGUGGAUUUUGUUGUCGACCAAUGUUCUUCCAGAGCAAGUGUCUGUUACAGUGUCCGAUCUGACUCCAGCUAGCCAUUACGUGCUUCUUAUGACCGCUCAUAAUGAUGCUGGAACCACAGAAGCGGAAUAUUUGUUCACCACUCUAACGUUAUCGGGAGCUACAGUUCCUCCUCUGAUAUCGAUGAUGGGCAGCAGCAAAGAACUCUUUCAGAAAUUGAAGAUAAUCAUUCCUGUAGCCUGUACAACAAUUGUUCUCGCUCUCAUAAUAAUAGUGGCUUGCAUUGUCUUCAUACGAAAGCGCAGAACAAUCCCAGAAGAACCCCACCAGGAGGGAGAUAUCUCCAAACCUGUGGACACGGUUCCAAUGACAGUGUGGGAAAAGACUGGAAGACAAGACGCCAGGGCAUCGCAAAGCAGAGAGCAGCUCUACUUCCCUGCACCUUACGCUGUUACUCCUCGUAUUUCCAUGUACUCCGCGGACUGUGAUCCAGAUGCCAUUCAUAAUCAGCAACAGCAACCACAACAACAAGAAAACUCCCGCACGUGGAGACCCGAAGAAAGGGAACACACAGGAUUACAAAACAGGAAAUAUGACAGUUUUCACAUGGGUAUGAAGGAACAGUUUGAAGUUUUCUAUGGUGCCAAGAAGUUAAUGGAGUAAGGUGACUGUAUCCAGAAAACAAACUCUUAUAUCGAGAAAAGACUGCUUUUAUACCUUGGUAACUAAAAUGAAAACUACGUCUCAGUGCGGAUUUAGUAUUAAAAACAAAUCUGAGCCUAAAGUACCGAAGGAAGAAGAUUUGGUGAUACAGAAAUAGUUUAUAUAAACUAUGAAACUGUCUGAACAGCAUCUCCAUUGAAUUGGCAAGUUACAGUGGAACUACAGUAAUAAUAUUCAUAACGAACAUUUACGAUUUUAUAUGAAGAUAUGAAUCUAUGUUCUGAAGACUGCUAAUUCAUUCUUUGCCUUAGUAUUCUGCCCGGUGAAAAGCUUGAUUUUACACAGCUAUAUUAUGAGGUGUUGUCAAAUGGAAGAGAUAUAUGCUUCAUAUCCAUUUUUAUUCUCAGUGUGUUUUAACUCAGAAAUGUGAACUCAGAAUAAAUGUGAACUCAGAAAAUAAGGAAACAAAUAUUUCAGUAAACUGAACCAAUAGCCGGUGGAGAAAACAAUAAUUUCCAUAACUUUGAAUAACUUCUAUCUCAUCACCAUAAAGCAGCUUUUCAAAACUUCAAAGAUUUUAGGGAUUCAUGUCUCUUUUUAGAUCAUGUUCAUUUUUAUAUAUCCCUGUAUUUUAUAAUUACCUGAGCUUUUAAAGUCAGAAAUAAAGUUUAUUCU